GUAGACAUUACUAAGGUUUAUUUGAAAUAUGGUGAAUGUCCUAACACUUCUGAAGAAGUAUCUGAGGAAGGAUGUGCUGGCAUUAGAGAGCGUCCAGAGGAGGUUUAUGAGAAUGAUCCCAGGAAUGAUUGGGUUAACAUAUGAUGCACCUUUGACAGCACAGGGCCUGUACUCGCUGGAGUUUAGAAGCAUGAUGGGCGUUCUCAUUGAAACUUACCGAAUAGUGAAAAGCCUGGAUAGAGUGAAUGUGGAGAGGAUGUUUCCACUCAUGGGAGAGUCUAGGAUCAGAGGCUUUAGAAAGGAGAUGAGGAGGAAUUUCUUUAGUCAGAGUUAGGUGUAUCUGUGAAAUUAAUUGCCAUAGAUAGCUGAGAAGGAUAUUUUUAAGGAGGAGUUUGGAGAUUCUUGAUUUGUAAAGGUGUCAGUUGUUACGGGGAGAAGGCAGGAGAAUGGGGUUACGGGGGAAGAUAAAUCAGCCAUGAUUGAAAUGGGGAGUAGACUUGAUGGACCAAAUUCCUGAUUCUGCCCCUUAAAUCAAUGAACUUAUGAAGUCGAGGCAUUGGUGUGCUUUCCGGUCAGUAGCUUCAAAGUGGUUGGCUCAGAACUAAUUGUUGGUGAUAUCUAUGCCUAGGAAUUGAAACCCCUUGAUCAUCUCCACUUCGGCACCAAUGACGUAGACUGCAGUGGGUACUCAAUCUCGUUUUCUGCAGUGAGUGACCAGCUUCUUUAAUUUGCUGACAUUGCUCAUUUUUCCUGCAGCAGUAUUCUGGAAAUUCCAAAUCAUUCCUAGAGUUUUGGCAGUGCACUGCAAAUAAAUAAUCCCAAAAUUAAUAUUUGUGAAGCGGUUUUGUGCAAAUCAGUGUUGAUUGUUUCUUCUCCUCUGUGAAUUUACUAUUUCAUAUUUUGAGGCAAAUCUGAUUUCAUACUUUUCCCACCAAAUCUAAACAUGAUGACGAUUCUAGGAGGAAGGUCUGCCCGUAAUCACAGCCCACCUUUCAUCUGGUUCCGGUGACCACGAUUAACACGUUGAGCAAACAUGAGUCAGUGUUUGAAUGUGGUUGAGGUGCAGGGUAUAAAGACCGAAGGCAGCGAGGUGAAGGCAGAUCGAGAGAGAGAAGCAGCAACUUUACUUUGAGAACCCAGCCGGCUGAUCCCACACGAGGCAGAAUGAAAUCCUUCCUCCUCGCCAUCGCUGCUGUGCAGAUCCUCCACUGCUCAGGAGUGCCAAGCACCAAGGAUGCUCUGAGAGCCUCAGUUGCAAAACUGAAUGAAAUCACCGAGAUUACCAAUCUGUGUGCUAUCACCAGGAGAGGUGUAACAACUACCUAUCGCACAGGUAAACUGUCAUACAAUGUGGAUUUAACAUUCUCCGUGAAAGAAACAGUCUGCUCCAAGAAUUCUAGACAGGAAUUUGAGGAUUCCGGUUGCACCUUCCGCCCUAAGGACAUUGCUGAGAAAGGGUUUUGCAAAAGCCGUGUGGAAUAUUUUGCUGAUAAAGUGGCUGACGUUGAUGUGGAAUGUGAAGGUCUGAAGACCAUUGACAGUGAGAGUGACUCAGCAGAGUCCAAUGAAACCAGUAUUGAGGCUCAAAGCAAAUCAAAUGAGACAUCACUAGAGGAAACUUCAAGUGUGGAAAACAAGUCAGAAGAAACUUCACUGGAAGCUUCUUCAAAUGACAAAUCCAAAUCAACAGAGACAUCACUCGAGGAUCCAGUCAAUGAACAAGACAAAUCAGAAGAUACAUCAAUUGAGGAGUCUUCCAAUAUGAAAAGCAAGUCAACAGAAUUAUCUCAGGAGGAGUCUUCAAAUGAGGAAAUGAGGUCACAAGAUGGAAACACGAACCAUGAAUGAAACUCCUGAGAGCCUGAACACAGUGUGAACACAAGAAGACCUCAUUCAAAAUAAACAAGACACUGUCACCUGUACUGUACUUGCCCAUAUACAAGGACAGGGGCCUGGAGCUCCUGACUGCACAUAUCAUUGUAAAUGGGAGAUUCUACUGUUUGUAAAUAUUCUGUUUUAUUGCUGUUUAUUAUUAUUUAAUACAUUGUGGAUCUAAAUAAAAUUAUUAAUAAAUAUUCACGGCUUUGUUUCCGGAAUUUGUUUAGCAUGUCACUGAUCUACAGAGGUUCAUCCAGUCAUUGUGCUCGCAUCAGCCAUUCCCUCCCUUGUCCAGUAGGACUCCUGAUGUGGGAGCUUCACCGUCUGGCAAAAUCUUCAUGUGUUGGUCUAUUUACUGGUCUAUAUUAACGUCAGGCACAGCACCCUAGAUAGCUUAUUUCACUUGCAGCAAGAUUGAUUUAUUUGAGUAGUUUGACAUUCAUGUCAUACGUUAGCUUUUUAAAGUCUUCAACAAUUACAUUUUUAAAUAAUUCGAUUUUGGGGACAAUGAGAGAUGGGUUGGGUGUAUUUAAGGAUUAGAUAUUAUUGAAUUGACUGUUUUCCUCAAAGCUGCAGCUUGAAUAUUUUCUCUUGUUCAGUGGGUGAAUUCUUCAACACUGUACAACGAUGCAGCGGUUAGAGCAGCUGCUUCACAGUUCCAGUUAACCAAGAUCAAUCUUGACUUCUUGUGCUGUCUGUGUGGAGUUUGUGUGUUCUCCCUGUGACUGCUUGCGCUUCCCCUGGGUGCUCCAGUUUCAUCACACCUUCCAAAGAUGUGCAGGUCGUUGGGUUAAUUGCCUGCUGUAAAUUGCCUCCGGUAUGUAGUUGAGUGGGAGAAUUGUUUGAAACAUUUUGGAAGUUAAUUAAAAAUAUUAACAAAAUGUAAACAGACAAACUCAAUAAACCAGUGCUUACCAUUUAACUGAGUGGUGAGCUGGGCAGUUCUUUGAGAGGUGAUUCGUGCUGGCAUAUCUCCACCAACCCACUCCUAAAUCCCACAUUUCAUCUUGUGGGCCCCAUUACAUUCCUGUUGCUGGGAUUGUGGACUCUGAACAAUUUGCAGGGUCAGUUCAAGCUCAAGUCUUCUCAUCGUCAAUCUAUGGAAAUAACCAAAGGAUAGAUUCCAUAUGCAGAAAGUACGCUUUUGAUUUCUUGGUGAACAUGCAUUUCUGUGCCAUGCAUUUCAACAGAAUCUGUUAUUUAUCCAUUUUCAAUAAUUUCUGUUGCGGUUGCAAGUUAUGAUUAGCAGUGAACGUCAACAAGAUGACUGUCAUCCAGUGAUAGUAACUGC